UUAAAGGGAGGUGCUUGGGAAAUUGGAUGCUAAUGAAGUCUAAGGAAUGACUUCACUCUACAUUAACAUUCUUCCAGGCUUGCAGAGGAGGUCAGUCCCCACUACUGGGGAAGGAAACUCCUCUGCUCCCUGCCUGGCCCUUGCAAGCCGCCCAGCUCCAGAGAGCGUGGCCUUCUCAAGUGCAGCUCCGCGCCGUCUCUUAGAUGCGGCUGGAGAUGCUGCGGUGGGCUCGCUGCUGCUGCUGGCUGGGUGUUUGCCUCUCGCUGCUGGGGGAAGGGGGAGGAGGCAGCGGCGCUGCCGGCUGCCGGGGCGCCCUGUGUGGCGACGGCGGCGGUGAUCGAGAUCCGCCCAGACAGCAGUGCCUGGGGCCCCGCUGCUCGGGCAGAGCCAGCCGCCCGUCCCGCUCCUUCCCUCACACCGUCACGCCCGCCCGCGGCAAGCAGGCGCCGAGCGCCCCGCACGCUGCCCCUCUCCCCGCCUUCCCCUCCAGGAGCACGGCCGAGCUCAGCCCGGAGCUCCCUGCCCCGGCCGCUAGGGGCGCCGGGGAGAGCUGCCUGGGAGGGGACUGCGCCGCCCGGGCCCCCAACGGCACCAGCCGGGACUGCAAGGGCGUUGAAUGCAAACUGCCCCUGCGGCUCCGCCACAGGUCCCGGCCGGGCAGCAGGGCUCAGUGCGCCCAGCAGGGAGAGCCCUGCCCGGAGCCCGCCCUGCUCCGAGAGGCAGAGCGAGCCGCCCAGUUCCUCGCGGAAGACUUCGCCUACCCAGCCUCGGAGCUGGGCGUGCAGCUCACCUGCGACCUCAAACCAGGAGAAAAUGAAGUUCCAUCUGAAGAUGCACUAAUAUUACAACUGCAGCUUGCAAAAGGCCAAGAGAAAUUUGUUGAAAUGUUAAAAAGCCAACAGAAGAUAAUUGUGGAUUUGCAACAAAAACUUGCUGAACAACAGAGCACGUUAGUUAGCCAGCAACGAGAAAUUCUUGAACAACAAAGAAAAAUGUAUGAGCAAAUGGAUCUGAUAAAAGUCCAGUAUGGCAUGCUUUUCGACACAGUGAAACAAAUGUCAUUCCAGAGUUUGCAUGAGGAUAUUCAACAUUAUUUUGAAGCUCAGCUUCAAGGACUUCAGAACCAGGUCAGAAAUCAUCUCCAGAAGUCAUACUCUGUACAUAAAGUAGAAGUUGAUGCAAAAGUGAUUGAUGUUGGGGAGUCUUUGCUGGACUGCGGCCUUUGUAAAAGUGAUGAAUUUUGCAAUUUCCAAAAGACACCAUCACAGUGUGAAAAAUGCACCUUGUGCCCUGCUGGCUUUUUCCAAAUGUCUGAAUGUUCUGCAAAUGCCGAUCGGAUUUGCCAGGACAGAGACGAAUGCAUUGAAUCUCCCAACAUUUGUGGUGAGAGAAUAAAAUGCCUGAAUACUCCAGGUGGCUUCCGAUGCCUUGGAAUUGCUGAAAAAGAUGCAGCCUUGGGACUGUGUGGAGAGGAAUAUUUCUUUAAUAAAGAAAUGCAGGAAUGCCAGGCUUGUUCAGAGUGUGAAGACGGAAUAGUAGCUUUCUCUUGCUCCCCAGUCACUGACACUGUUUGUUCAGCAGCCAGCGAGAACAAGCUUUCUGAAUCGUGGGCUGCAAACAUUAUUUUACCCUCAGUAAAGUCUGGCACUUCUCAGGUCUACCCUGGUUUAAACUUGAAGAUAAAGGGAAAGCUUCACUGUGAAGUUGUAUCUGUUGAAGAUAACAGCCUGGUAUUCAGGCAACAUGGUUUGAUGUGGACUGACCUCAAUUUUGCUGUAAAGCACAACUGCAGAAACUUUCUCCAGCUGUCCUUGAAAUUAAAUGACACUGAGGAAGGCUGUGAACUGAGUGGGGUUCGUAUCGAACAACCAGAAGGAAAAUAUUUUCAGAGCACAAGUUUAAGCAGCGCAGCAGAGGUGGAACCAAGCCAAACUCUCUCUCUCUUUCUGAAGAGUCCAAAUCAAUUCUGCAACCAAAGUAAAGACUUAAAUAUUUUUGACCUUAAUACUCCACUCAGUUUGUUUUGGUUGUCCCAUGAUACAGGUGCGGUGGCUAUGAGUGCACAGAUGUCAACUGCCAUGCACUACCAAACUAACUAUCGACCUACUUUUAAAGUUAUUUCCGUUUCUGACCCUUACAUGCUAAGUUUAUCUCACGAUGGCAGAGCUAUAAAGUUCACUGAAACAGGUGUCAUAAAAUUUGUUUUUCACCAAGCACUCUAUUCCAUGGGCCAUACAUGUGUUCGUGAAGGCUUUUCCUUGGUCUCUUAUAUCAAUAGGAAUGGUACUAACCGAGAAUUAAUGAACAUGUAUAAAUCUGGUGUAAAUUACAGAGACACCUCAAUAUCUGCUUCUGGGGCCACAAAAGUCAACAGUGGAGAUCUACUUAGCUUUGAGAUCCGUUCUCCAGCUCAAUGUAACGUUCGAUAUUUUGGAGACAGCUCUGGAAUUAGUAUGCUUAGCCUCAUCUGGAUCCCAUCUGCAGUUUCCACUGCCAUCUCAGCCACAGUCUCUGUUACACGACUGCCUACAGGAGCUGUCAGAAACAAAUUACUGGAUUUCACCCAGGUCUCAGCCAGUGAGAAACAAAUACAGCUUGUUUCUUCUGGAGAACUUGCUCAAAAGUACUUCAGAUUUACUGAAAGGGGAGUUGCUAGCAUUGCUUUUAAUUUAAAGCUGAUCCACUCAUGUAAUGUACUCAAAGUGACUCUAAAUCAUUUGAUCAGUGAACAGAUGCAACCCACAGCAAUUGGCCAACAAAUUGGAGGUCAGAUGCCUGAGGGAAGUAUAUGGACCAGUGUGUCCCUCCGCUCUUCUUUCGAAGUGCAUAAUGGGAUUGCUCUGAUGACAUCUUGGAUAGUAGUGUCAGGAGUCCAGCUCAGGCUCUACUUCUUACAAAGCAUUCUCUUGAACUCAGAUUUUGCAGGACCUACAAAAAUAUGAGGGAAGGCCUUCCAUCAAACUUCAAAUUUUGACUAUGCUGUAUUUGGAUGGGAUUACAAUAUUUAUGGAAUUGCUUGUGUGUCCUAAUAUGGAUGUACUCAGUGAAAUUUUUUACAGCACAGAUCAUGUACAUGCUGUAAUUGCUUACUUUGUAUGUGUUUUAUGCAUUGGUUAGAAAUGGCACUAGGCAGGUACCAGUGAGUAUUAUAAAUAUUAAGGCUAAGGAAAAGCUUUCAGAGUAGAAGUGCUUCACUACACUAUGCUCCUAAUUCUGCACUCCUAGCAUUCCCAAAACUUUCAAGUCAAAGGCAGUUUUGGAUGCACUAUGGCCGGAAUGCAAAGUCUGGCUCCUAAGUGGUUAAACUAAACAUCACAAAUACUGCUUCUCUUUCAUUAUUGUUAUCUCAGAGGAUGCAGGCAGAUUAGGACAGAUCACUUUCUCUCCAAAUACUUCUUUAACAAUAAUUUACAGCAAAUUUCACUUUCAAGUGGGUUGUAGCCAAUUGUUUCCUUGCCCUCCUCACUAAAAAUAUCCUACAUCUAUAUUUCAGUCCAGAUUUUGCCUCUGGUUACGCGAACGUAAGUCUGGAGUAACUAGGAAUCACUUUUGAUUUACACCAGUGUAACUAAGAGCAGACUAUGGGCCUCCAUAUUUUUAUAUGUGCUCUGAAGCCAGUACCAUGUACUGUAUGACAUGAACACCAACAGUGCACUAUAAUCCUACACCAAAUAUUAUUCAAAAGGAAUUGGGCAUAGUGAAAAUGAACGUUAACGUUAUGGUACCCAGAAUGUAACCAAAUUGCAUAUUUUCCCUAUAAUUGGUUUAUUUUAUCCACUUUUGUUGACCAUUCUUGAACUCCUUUAAUCAAAUCAAUGUAAUGUUAACUUUUUAUAAUAUCAGAAUGCUGUACAUUGGAUACUUCAAGUGCAAAAUCCAUUUAUAAACAACAUUUUGCUCCAAUGCCAUGGAGUCCUUGCUCACACAGAGUGGUACUUUUCUCUGUGAGUAGUUCCAGUGCAGGUAAUUGCAAUGUAAGGUAUUGUGCAGUAUGAACAAGAGUGGCAGAAUCUGGCCCAUACAGAUAAAGAUGGAUAAACAGAACCUAUUCUAAUGCAUAUAUGCAGCCCUGUAGGUUACUACUUUACAGUAUGUAUGUAACAUGCAGUAGUUCAUUGUAAUAAACUUGUCCAUUACAGAAGGGAAAUACUUUAGACUUUCUAAUGCUGCUUAUAUAUAGGAAAGACAAUUUGGUUUAUAGCAGACUGCCAUUCCUGUAUAAUGACAUUCUGCUUCAAUGUGUGUUCUAAACAUUUUGCAACUGUAAAAAAUUUUAUCUGAAUAUAUUUUAUUACUUUUACAAAGUUUUUAUAUUUCUCUAGUGUCAAACCUGGAGGGAUAUCUUAAGUAUAUUUUAAUUUAAUAUUGUGUUUUUGUGCUUUCUGUUGGUGUUUAUGCAGAAUACAGUACAUUAUGAAAACUACAUUUAGUUUAUGGGUUUUUUUUAAUCAGGUAUCAUGUUUCCAAAUAUUACCUUGAUUUAAAAAUAUUGUUUGUAUUACAAUAUGUAUUAAGAACAUUUAACACAAAUAAAACAAACUGACUUGAAUGUUGCUUAAUGUCCUAUUACCAUGAUGGGGUGAAAUCCUAGCCCACUGAAGUAAAUUGGUGUUUUACCAUUGUCUCAUCAUUGCUUGCCUGUGAUAUUUAAAUUGUGUUAGGCCUGUAUUUCUAGGGGACAUCAGAGUUUUGGGGUUUUUGCAAAUUUAGCUAUCUGAAUAGUUAAAAACUUGUAAUUGAUGUUAUCAAGCUGAUAAAUGCUUUUAAUAAAUUAAUUUAUGUUAAUCAUUGUUACCACAAUAU